AUGAGUCGUUUUAUCGAAAAUCAAAUGCAUCAGUUGAUUCGACCACAGAUCCCAGUAAACUCGACAACGCUCCGAGCAAAUGCAGGUAUGUCGCACACGGACAGCGACCGUCGUUCUUCCAAGAUCGCCCAUGCCUUCGACUGGCGAGCUUGUUUUACGGCUUGGCGAAAGUUAUGGCUCUACCUGGCGCAGAGUCAGCAGCAGAUGUGCGUGACUCUCAUCACCGACAAUACCAUUGAGCAGAUGAAGAACAAUCUCGACAUCACCGAUGUUGAUCUUGAAUGGGCUCUGAGAAGACGAAGCGCCAAACCCCUGGAGAUGAUCAUGCAUCAAACGUUCUGUUUCGGCAGGGCAGCAGGUCGAUCUACCGCAGGACGGAUCAACUACGCCGUGCCAGCCGAAUUCGUCUCGCGAAACUGCCACGCCAUGCUCGUCCGCGAAGCUCUCGACAUCUUUAUCCCCAGGCUUCCAGAGGUAAUGAAUAAGCUUAGAAAGUUUGCUGUCUCAAACAAGUCCCGACGGGGUGUAUUCCAUCCUUGCCGUCAAUACACGCAAAUCAGCACUAUUGGCAGCAGAGCUGCGGACUGGGUCCUUGAUCUUGGACGGGAUUUGAUGGUGUUGGAGAAGAUACGAGAUGACAUUUUGCUGUGCGGUACUCAAGGUACCAAGGCUGAGAUGACCCAUCUCAUUCGAGUACUCGGCGGUGACGUUCGAUCGUGCGAACAGCUUGACAUUAUGUUAUGUCAAUAUGCUGGUUUUAAGGGGUGUUACGAUGCUGAGAAGAUCCCUACCGAAAUAUAG